UUUUUACACUCCUCCUCUUCAAGGGGUGGCAUCACCUUGGCUCUUUCGCGACUAUAUAAACUGGGCAGCAGCCGGCGGCACUGGUCAAAAUCCACAACAUGGCCAAGCCGAAUCUGCUGCUCGUCUCUGCUCUCGGCGUGCUCCUCGCUGCCUCCGUACUUGGACAUCCGCUGUCGAGUCCACACUCUACUAAAGACCAGGUUGGACUAGCCCUGGGACACAAAAAGAGUGGCCACCUGCAGGACCCUGGCGCGUGCCACCUCUCUGGCGGGGGCGAUGCUGAGGUCGUAGGCCCCCUGGCCGAAGUCGGACACAAGCAAGACCUGAAAUCUCAGAGCUCGGCUGGUGCCCAAAGUUCCGCGGGAGUUAAGGGUGCGGCCGGCGGAGGGUUGGGAUUGGGCCUGGGUCUUGGCCUUGGUGGGGCUGCCGGGGGUGCUGGUUCCGGGGGUGCUCAAGCAGGGUCGUAUGGUGGAUCAGGUGCACAAGCCAAUAGUGCUGCGGGAGGUUCAGGGGCCGGAAGUGGAGGGUUGGGAUUGGGACUGGGGCUUGGCCUUGGUGGGGCUACCGGGGGUGCUAGUUCCGGGGGUGCUCAGGCUGGGUCCUAUGGGGGUUCAGGUGGACAAGUGAAUAGUGCGGCUGGGGGCUCAGGGGCUGGAAGCGGAGGGUUGGGUCUGGGACUCGGAGGGGGUGCCCAAAGCUCAGCUGGGGCGCAAAGUGCUACUGCCGCAGGUGCUCAGGGUGGAUCUCACGGAGGGUUGGGUGGAGCGUCUCACGGUGCUCACGGAGGUUCUGGGCAUGCUCAUUCAGGGGGUGGCAGCGGAGGGUUGGACGCCGGUUUAGGACUCGCUGGUGGCUCUCAGAGCUCUGCCGGGGCGCAAAGCGCGACUUCUGCGGGUGCUCAGGGUGGGUCUUACGGUGGACUGGGUGGUGCGUCUCACGGAGCGGCCGCUGGAGAGGCCCAGAGCGCAGCGGGUGGUAACGGAGGGUUGGGUCUAGGACUCGGUCUUGGGGGAGCAUCUCAGGGCUCUGCUGGGGCGCAGAGCGCUGCUUCGGGAGGUUCCCAAGGGGGUGGAUACGGUGGACUAGGUGGUGCGUCUCACGGAGAGGCCCACGGCGCAGCUGGUGCUUCAGGGGGUAGUAACGGAGGGUUGGACCUUGGUCUCGGGCUCGGGGGUGCAUCCCAGAGCUCUGCUGGCGCCCAAAGCGCGUCUGGGGUGUCCGGGGGUUCAGGUCUGGGAGGGCACGGAGCUCACAGCGGAUCCCACGGGGGUAGCAGCGGUCUGGGGUUGGGAGGAGCGUCCCAGGGUUCGGCCGGCGCCCAGAGCGCCUCUAGUGCUGGCUCCCACGGCGGUUUGGGUCUCGGUGGGGCCGGCGGAGCGUCUUCCGGUGCCCAGAGCUCCGCAGGAAGCUCCACUAGCGUCCAGGGCAGCGACAACCUGAACCUUGGACUGGGCGGAGGAGUCCACGGCGCCCACGGAUUGAAUGCAGGCUCCCAGAGCGCCGCCAACGCCCAGAGCUCUUCCAACAGCGGCGCCAACCUCGGCGGGUCAGGUGCUUCCAGCGGUGCCAGCUCAGGUUCGAGUGCGACCAACCUCGGGCUCGGCCUGGGACUCUCCGGCUCUAAGGGUGGCGGCUACUCCGGAACCAAAGGCGGCGGUGGCAGCUUCUCCGGCUCAAACAGCGCAGCGCAGAGUUCAUCAGGCACGUAUAGCAAGGGAGGCCCACACGGCCCCUCGUCAGGAUCGUCCAGCAGCGCCGCCGCCAGCAGCUCCAGCGGAUCGAGCCACGGAGGGUUUGGCGGCUCCAACAGCUUCUCUUCGGCGUCGAGCAGCAGCCAGAGCAAUGCUGGUACGACUGGAGGACACCACAAAGGACAGGGCGGCGCUGGACUCGGCCUGGGACUCGGCUUGAACGUUGGAACUGGACUGGGCCUCAGCCUCGGCUGCGCGUACAGAGGAUUUAGGAGUGCAUAUGGCGGUGGAGGCGGAGGAGGUUUUGCCGCCUCCAACGCAGCCGCCUCCGCCUCUGCCACGUCUCUGGGACUAGGAGGCGGCCACGGCGGUGGACUUCACGGAGGCGGCCACGGUGGAGGACUAGGCGGGGGCCACGGUGGAGGAUUUUCCAAGGGAGGCGGCUACGGAGGCGGCGGCGGCGGCAGCCACUCGGGCAUCAUCGGCCACGGAGGCGCUGGGGGAGUGGCCGUCGUUCCCUACGGAGGAGCGGCUGGAGGUGGUGCCCACGGAGGCGGACUCGGAGGUGCCCACGGAGGCGGCUACGGAGGAGCGGGCGCCGGGGGUGCUGCCCACGGAGGCGGACUCGGUGGUGCUCACGGAGGUGGACUCAGUGGUGCUCACGGAGGCGGACUUGGGGGCGGCUAUGGUGGAGCGGGCGCCGGGAGUGCUGCCCACGGAGGCGGACUCGGAGGCGGACUCGGUGGUGCUCACGGAGGUGGAAUUGGGGGCGGCCACUCUUCAGGACUUGCCGGCGGCCACGGAGGCGGUCUCGGAGGCGGCUACGGUGGCAGCCACGGAGGCGCAACAGGCUACAGUGGUGCUCACGGAGGCGGUCUCGGAGGUGGACUCGGAGGUGCUCACGGAGGCGGCCAGAGUGGGGCUUACGGAGGCGGAGGCCACGGAGUGCAGGGAGGCGGCGGAGGAUUCGGACACGGCGUCAAAGCCGGACACGGAGGAGGACUCGGAGGCGGCGGAUUCGGGGGCGGCGGCGCCUUUGCUUCAAGCAGUGCUUCAGCCUCGUCAUCAGCUGGUUCCUUUGGAGGUGGAUACGGCCGCUGAAGAAGACAAGUUCAAAAUUAUUUAUAUAAAUUAAAAACUAUUAAUAAAUAUGAAAUGCUACUUUCCUAAGAAAAA